AGCCAAUAAAAAUGCAGUCACCAUCACUUUCACGAAAACCUACACAUCAGAAAAUUUCGGAUCACCAGCAACAAAUAGAAAAAUCUUUAGGUUAUUGAAUGAUUAUUUCUCAUUUUCUUUUCCUUCAAUCGUAGAAUUUUGCAAUGGGCGCAAGUCGGAAGUUACAGGGCGAGAUCGAUCGCGUUCUCAAGAAGGUCCAAGAAGGCGUCGAUGUCUUUGAUAGUAUUUGGAACAAGGUUUACGAUACGGACAAUGCGAACCAGAAGGAGAAAUUCGAGGCGGACUUGAAGAAGGAAAUAAAGAAGCUUCAGAGGUAUAGAGACCAGAUUAAGACAUGGAUUCAGUCCAGUGAGAUCAAGGAUAAGAAGGUCUCCUCUCGUCUUUUAUUAGUUCUUUGUCUGCUGACUCUGUUUCUUCAUUUUUCUUCUAGAACCAUAAAAUCAUUUUGUCUGAUUUGUUGCUUUAUUUAUUUUUCUAUUUAAUUUGAUUUUUUUCAG